AUGCCCGAUGCCCCCCAGCCCCGCAGCACGUGCAGUCGCUGCUGCCGACGGGGCGCUCGCAGCCCGCGGGCAGCAGCAGCGUCCCCCGGGCAGACCUCUCACGGGCGCCCUCAUUCCUCCCCAGGCUUCCGUCUGCACCGCAGGCUGCUGCGCCUGGUGCCCGAGAGCUGCCUGCUCAUCCUCGUGGGCGCGCUGGUGGGCGCCGUCAUCUUCGGCACCGACCACACGUCGCCUCCGGUCAUGGACAGGAGCAUCUACUUCCUGUACCUGCUCCCGCCCCUCGUGCUGGAGGGAGGCUACUUCAUGCCCACCCGGCCCUUCUUCGAGAACAUCGGCUGCAUCCUGUGGUGGGCAGGGCUGGGGGCCCUGAUCAGCGCCGUGGGCAUCGGCCUCUCGCUCUACGCCGUCUGCCAGGUCGCAGCGUUCGGGCUGCGCGACAUGACCCUGCUGCAGAGCCUGGUGUUCGGCAGCCUGAUGUCGGCGGUAGACCCGGUGGCCAUGCUGGCCGUGUUCAAGGAGGCGCGCGUGGACGAGCAGCUGCACGUGACGAUCUUCGGGCAGUUCCUGCUCAAUGACGGCGUCAGUGUAGUGAGCCCGCAGGGACACGGGGGCCCGAGUCUGACUCGGCUGCUGCAGCGCAGGGGCUUCCGUCUGCACCGCGGGCUGCCGCGCCUGGUGCCCGAGAGCUGCCUGCUCAUCCUCGUGGGCGCGCUGGUGGGCGCCGUCAUCUUCGGCACCGACCACGCGUCGCCUCCGGUCAUGGACACGAGCGUCUACUUCCUGUACCUGCUCCCGCCCCUCGUGCUGGAGGGCGGCUACUUCAUGCCCACGCGGCCCUUCUUCAAGAACAUCGGCUGCAUCCUGUGGUGGGCAGGGCUGGGGGCCCUGAUCAGCGCCCUGGGCAUCGGCCUCUCGCUCUACGCCGUCUGCCAGGUGGCGGCCUUCGGGCUGCGCGACGUGACGCUGCUGCAGAGCCUGGUGUUCGGCAGCCUGAUGUCGGCUGUGGACCCGGUGGCCGUGCUGGCCGUGUUCGAGGAGGCGCGCGUGGAUGAGCAGCUGCACGUGAUGAUCUUCGGGGAGUCCCUGCUCAAUGACGGCGUCAGCGUGGUCUUAUACAAUAUAUCAAUUGCCUUCACAAAGAUGCAUAAAUUUGAAGACAUCGAACCCGUUGACGUUUUGGCUGGAUGUGCCCGAUUCAUCGUUGUGGGGUUUGGGGGAGUGUUUUUCGGCAUUGUCUUUGGAUUCAUUUCUGCGUUUAUCACACGUUUCACCCAGAAUAUCUCUGCAAUUGAGCCCCUCAUCGUCUUCAUGUUCAGCUAUUUGUCCUACUUAGCUGCCGAGACGCUCUACCUGUCUGGCAUCCUGGCAAUCACAGCCUGCGCAGUGACGAUGAAAAAGUACGUGGAAGAAAACGUGUCCCAGAAAUCCUACACGACCAUCAAGUACUUCAUGAAGAUGCUGAGCAGUGUCAGCGAGACCCUGAUCUUCAUCUUCAUGGGCGUGUCCAUUGUUGGGAAGAACCACGAGUGGAACUGGGCCUUCGUCUGCUUCACCCUGGCCUUCUGCCAGAUCUGGAGAGCCAUCAGCGUAUUUGCUCUCUUCUAUGUCAGUAACCAGUUUCGGACGUUCCCCUUCUCCAUCAAGGACCAGUUCAUAAUUUUCUACAGCGGUGUGCGAGGAGCUGGAAGUUUUUCACUUGCAUUUUUGCUUCCUCUGUCUCUUUUUCCUAGGAAGAAAAUGUUUGUCACCGCUACUCUAGUAGUUAUAUAUUUUACUACAUUUAUUCAGGGAAUCACAAUUGGCCCUCUGGUCAGGUACCUGGAUGUUAAAAAAACUAAUAAGAGAGAAUCCGUCAAUGAAGAGCUUCAUGUCCGUGCCAGGCUGCUAAACCUGGAGAGGACUUCGCUGGUAGAGUCCACUAAUUUACAGACCAGGCAACCAAUCACCAGGUUUAAGAAAUUUGAUCACAGAUAUUUACGGAAAAUCCUGAUUCGAGAAAACCAGCCCAAAUCAAGCAUUGAAGGCUGGAAUUGA